AUGGCAGAAGUACUAGACACCAUCGUUAUCGGAGCUGGCUGGUCCGGCGCUGUUGCCGCCCGCGAGCUCGCCGGCAAGGGACGCAAGGUCCUGGUCCUAGAGGCCAGAGACAGAAUCGGAGGACGUGCCAACACCUGGGUCAAGGGAGAUGUCAAGGUUGAUGUUGGAUGCAGCUGGAUUCACGGUUACCGGGAAGGAAACCCUGCUAGAUAUAUCGCUCAGGAUUUCGGUGUUGCUUCUACCAAGCUUCCCAACCCGUCUCCCCCGUCGUCUGCCUCAUUGGCAUCUGCCUUGUUGGCACCCAACUCGGCUCUCUUCUCAACAGCCUCUGACGAAUCCUCAAAGGAACUGGCCGCUGCUCUCGCUCGAUCCCUAGAGGUCCCGCUGGGCCUCAAGCUCGAAAAGGCUUCGCUCAAGUGGGCUGGCUGGGAGGGUGCUACGGCAUUUGCAGGUUCCGAUGCUGCUCCCGAGGGAGGUUACCAGGCUCUCGUCACUAGGGUCGUCGAGGAUGCCAAAUCCAAGGGUGUCGAGGUGAAGCUGGGUACCAAGAUUGCGGGUGUAUCUCAAAGUGAGAGCGGCGUCGUUGUCACGGAUACCAACGGCAACAAGUUCACGGCAAAAACGGCUAUUUCCACCAUCCCUCUUGGUGUUCUCAAGACCCUUCCCGAGAGCACCUUCAGUCCCGCUCUGCCACCCCGAUUUCAGGAGGCGAUUAAGGGCACCCACGUCGGCGUCCUCGAGAAGCUUCUGCUUCAAUACCCUAGCGCCUGGUGGCCCGAGGCCGACAAGGCCGGCUCCUAUACCUUCUUGCCCACAUCCACUAAGCCCGUCACCGAGAGCUCUACGCCCCUUGAAGUCUUCGAGGCUUCCACUCUGGUCACCGCAAACUUCGCGGCGCCGUCGCUACCGGGCCCGAGCCCAACUCUUCUGACCUAUCUCUCAGAGACCCCUGCCACCGCCCUUCUGCAACACGACCCGAAGGAUGUAGCUGCCGCCUUCCACAAGUUCCUCAUUUCCCGGUUCCAGCCGUCCUCUCAACCCCCAGAGCCGACAGACACCAGCCUGACUAAUUGGCUGACUGACGAGUACUCCCGUGGUGCAACAACAACUCCCUCUAUCGUUUCAGAGAACGGCGAGCGCAGUCCUCUUGACUUCAAGGAGCUGAGCAGGCCUGUCUGGGACGGGCGCCUUGGCUUUGCCGGAGAGCACACCGAGAUGGAGCACCGUGGCAGUGUUGCUGGAGCCGUCGUCAGCGGGUACAGAGAGGCCGAGCGUGUCGGAAGACUGCUCAAGUUACUCGAGGAGAGUGCGAAGUUGUAG